AUUGACCCAGAGGUCCCAGAUUGUCCGUGUCUGAGACAUUCAUAUCUUUAUCUUCUCAUCGACCCCUCCGCUUGCCACAAUCCCCUCGUCACGUGCAGCUUCUCGCCCUUUGCCAUCUCUCAAGUUCCAUCACUUGAAAAGUCUCGAGUUCAAACAUGUGAAGCUGUCUUACAUCUUCUAAUCGAUCAAGUCCUUCCACAUACCCUUCCCACCCCGUCUUUUCUCUACAGGUUUCGGCCCAGCGCUCCCUACCCCGACCUCAAUUUAGCCGCAAUCCCUACGAGGAGUCCAAAGUCCGCCCGGUCACGCAGGGAGAAUUCCUUCACCAUCGUCUGGAUCUGGGUAUACACCACGACAUCCACUGCCCCAGAUCGAUCCUCAUAUAUUUGUCGGUCAGAGAACAAACUCGCCUGAUUUCCUCCCCGCUUAUAGAGCAUAUACCUACCUUACCACACCUACACUCAGAACCCUCCUAUACACAUUGCGCUUCGAUCGAGUCCCUUCGUGUCCCCUUCGCCUUCUCCGAAUCGCCGCCGCCGCCCCCGCCGCCUCCGACCACAUCCAGCUUCCCAAACCCAAUUUUUGACUUUGUCCUCGUCACCGCCAGAUUUAUCCCUGUUGGACAUCCCCACCCUCGUUUGACUCGACUCGACUCGCUUGGCUUCGACGCGUGCUGACCGCCAUACCACACCUCACAGCUUUUUCUGGUCCAUUUUCUUACACCACACCUGCCUCGACUAUUACAACUUCUCACUGUUCACCAGCUCUCUGCAACAUUCACCGGACUGGCUCCAUGAAUCAGACGUGGUCCAUGUCCUCUCCUCUGCGGAGGUGACCACCCACGAGCCCGGAGUAUUCGAUUACUUCCGACAAGGACCCCGGAGCACCCCUUCCCUCUCGCGCACCGCCGCCCUACAUCACUACAGUCACGACGCCAUGUAUCGCAAUACGUCCCAAAUAAACUGUUUGACGAAGCCCCCUUUCCCCUCGCCUGAACAUACCAGCGACUCCGAGUCCGACAUCAUUGACACGUUGGAUCGAAAAAGGAGGCAACUCGACGACGAAAUCUUAAAGUUCAAAGCCCUCAAGGAUCGAGAAUUUCGCGAUUUCGAGAAAGACCUUCGCACCAACAGGCAUCGAGUUCGCGCAUCCAUCUCUUGCGACUGCGAACCCUCCCCUACUAAACAGCCUAUCCCCGCCUCUGCCUCCAAUUCUGCACUAAACCUCCUUGCUUCGAGUCAAAAUAGUUUUUCAAAUGGCCGCCUUGGUCAGAAAUUCAAAAAAUCCCCAGAUUCUGUCAGUGAAAAGAUUGUCAAACCGGCACCCUUGAGCAGGCCCACCUUGUCCCUAGACAGAUUGACAAUUGCGGGGGAAACCACUCCCCUGGCAUCUACCUUUGGAUCACCGCCCUCGACUCCGCUGAGCCUAGUCCGGCAUACAUCUCCUUCGUCUACCACCACAUCACCCGGUCUGACUACCCCCACCAAGGAACGCACAUCCCCCAGCCAGGCAAAAGGCCUGGCUCCGUCGGCCCCUGCAAGCGAACGUUCCGACUCUUUUGCCGGCGUCUUCACACCCACUUACCUCCCUCUGCUGGACUCUCAUGACCGUCGAUCAAGUGUUCAAAGCCCUCAACCUGUUACCCAAAAACAAGAAGAGGAACCUCAACAACUCCACCUCAAUGAACAAUCGAAACGUGCCGCUACACAAAACACCCCAUCCCAGUCCUUACCACCGCAGCCUGUUUCGCCUACCGUGCUGACCACCAAACGUACCCGGUCCACCCCUGAAUUGCCUAGCACAAGCCUUCCCAGUGCCCUUCGGACCCAUCGUGGCUCAUCUGCCAGGAAGAGGAAGCACGUCCUCUUCCAAUUACCAGACUCCGCUAUCGUUCAACCCAGUAGCAGCUAUGAGGAAGGGCCGAGUCCCGACUUUCGGAUACAGGAUGAAGUUUCACUGGGAGACAAUUUGGCCGAAGUCGGGACUGACAAUGGCGACUCGGACUCAAGGUCUGGGAGGAGCAGGUCCGGGCGACACACCACCUCAAACGACAGGUCUCCCAAAGCCGGUGCCAGUAGAUCCGGCGCCGACAAGCCCAACUCUAAAUUUGGGCUAAAACCAGAUUCCUUGACCUCGGUCAAGAGCCGACGGCUGCGCUCUCCUGCCAUGUCUCCUCUUCCGUCGCCGUCACCGUCACCAUCGCCAGUCAUCAACGGCGUACCCGCCUCAACUGGGGAUGAUUCAGGCUUUGCCGGUGCCCUACUGGCGUCCGAUGAUGGCGGCAGCGGUGUCGGAUUCUUCGAGCUGGAUGAGGAAUUGGCUAGCCCGGCGUUUACCGAAGAUCGCUCCUUUGAAGCGAUAUUGGUCCAGGGGCAGCAGACCGACGCGGAAGAAGAUGAACCCACAGACGGCGAUCCCAUUCAUGAUACGCACCGUGUCUCUAAUUCACGUUUUUACGGCCAAGCGCCGGACGAGACUGACGAGAAGGGAGGGCGUGGGCGGAGGCGUGCCAGUCCCCGGCGUAGCCGGGCCUCGCCCAAUGAUGACAUGACCGGUGACCAGGACGUGGAUGGCCGGGGAGGGUGUGUCGACCCGACCGACGACAUGACAACUGGUAGUUUUACCUCCGGCAGUGUUCCCAUCAACAUUGUGCGGCCCAUGAGUGGAAGUUGGAUCGGCAGUGUAGGACACUGAUUUGGCGUCGAUCCGCCACCAAUUCAUCCAUGCUGCCACGUUAUUGCCACGUGGUUGAACUUGUAAAUAUAUAUUCUGAUAGCAUCACCGCGAGGAUGUCUGUACAUGGCCCAUAUCAACUACUAGAUCUACAUGAUAAUUAUGUUGUUUUACGAGUCGGACUGGCUUCAUGGUCAUCAUUUCUACUUGGUCUCAAAGAGUGGCGAAUGCAUAUACGUAAUGGAU